GCUGGGAUCCUUGGGAUGUAAGGGAUCUGGGGGAUGGGACCCAUAGGCUUGGGGAGGGGGGACCUGGAUCUUCUGGGCCAAGAGGGAUCUGGGGGCUGGGACCCCUGCAAUAGGGAAGGAUCUGGAGGGCUAGAUCCUCUGGAAUAGGGGAUCUGGAGGGAUGGGUCCCCCUGGGCUGGGGUGAAUCUGGGGGCUGCAUCUCUUGGGAUGGGAGGGAUUUUGGGGCAAGGUGCCCCAUGUCUGGGAAGGCUGGAUCCCCUGGUCUGGGAGGGGAUCUGGGACACAGGAUCCCCUGGGCUAGAAGGGGAUCAACAGGGGAUUUGUGUGCUCGUGGGUUGGGGGGGUGGCAGGAGAGGGGAUUCCAGAGUGGGAGGAUGCUGGGAUCCCUGCCCACCAGCUCUGGCAUCCCCACCCCAUGUGUGCAGCACACAGGCUGCAGGAGUCGGCCACCGCCCUGGCCUGGAGAAAGCCUGGGUGGGGGAGGGUGGGGGGAGGGUCGACACCUGUGUGCUUGUGGGGUCAGGGAUGUAGGGACCAAGGGGAUUGGGGACCUUGAUCAUGCCUCAGGGUCCCAAUCCUUUGGCUGCCCCUCCCCUUUAUCCCCCCACCAACCCGAGGUGUGUUCAGGGCUGGGGAUGCCUCAUGGGGUUUGUAUACCCAGGGCUGCACAUGUGUUCAUCUCUGUGCAUCCUAGACGCAUGUGUGCAUGGGUGGGAGCACUGCAUUAGUGACACACGUGUCCCCUUGUGGGCGUGUCUUUGUGCCUGCUAGUGGAGGGCAGUAUUGGGUGAGACACAUGCCUAGGGGGUAUGUUGUGACGGGACACACAUGGAUGGGGGGUGACCUCGGCCCCUCCACAUGCCCAUGCACAUAUGUCUGUGCGUGUGCAUACGUGUGCAGGGACCUACCUGCCCACGGGAGGCUUGCAAGGAUGCUGUGGCGUGUCUUCCUGCUAGCGUAAGUCCCUGAGGGAGCGGUGGCUGAUGGAGGGGUCAUGCCUACCCCCAGAGGACGACGACAGUUCUCCACUGUGCCAGGUCCAGUCACGGAUCCAGAAGCUGGAGAACGAUCUGUCCAGGUGACAAGCAGCCUCCAGGUCCAGAUGCAGCAGCUGGAUGACCCCAACCCUGCCACAGAGGAGGGUAGGGGGGUUGCCAGGGACCCCUGUCAGGCUGGCGGGGCUGCAUCACCCCCUGCAGGUGGGGCAGGACAUGGCAGUGAUUCUGAACCAGCCCCAACCCUGAUCCCGGCCAGGAGGGACCUGCAGGAAGCCCUGGAGAACGGGGAUGUGGUCAGAGCAGAUCCCCCUGACGGCAUCAGCAGGCACAAUCUCCAGGCUGCCACAGGCAGCCAUGGAACCCCGGCAUCCGGGGAUGGCUCUACCCCCCGGCCAGCUGAGAUGAUCAUCCGCAACCAUUUGGGACAGGAAGUGGGCAGCAUGGAUGCCAUCCGCCGCGCCGCCCCCGGCAUGGAGGGGGAGUGGCUGGAGAAUGGGCCAGGGACUGAGACACCAGGCCAAAUCUUUUCUGCUCCCACAGGGGAGAGAUCCCUGGAACAGAUCCCACUGGCUGGGGUGGGGGAACUGCCUUUGCCCAACCAGAUCCCACUGGCUGGGCUGGACCAUAUCCCGUCAGCUCUGCUGGAUCAGAUUCCAUUGGUUGGGCCUGACCAGAUCCCAUCAGCUCUGCUGGAUCCGAUCCCAUCUGUUGGGCCCGACCAGAUCCCAUCAGCUCUGCUGGAUCAGGUCCUAUCAGCUGGGCCAGAUCAGAUCCUGUCUGCUGGGCCAGAAGAUUGGCUUUCUCUUCCUGAGCAGAUCCUGCCAGGUGGGCUAGACCAGAUCCCAUCAACAGUGCAGGACCAGAUCCUAUCUGCUGGGCCGGGGGAUCAUUUUCUCCUGCCUGACCAAAUCCCGCCAGCUGGACUGGAGCAGAUCCUGUCAGCCAUGCAGAAAGAUCUGCCUCUGCCCAAUCCGAUCCCAUCUAUGCAGGACCAGAUUCCAUCUGCUGGGCUGGAUCAGAUCCCAUCCACCAUUCAAAAAGAUCUGCCUCUGGCUGACCAGAUCCCACCAACUAUGCAGGACCAAAUCCCAUCUGCUGGGCUUUAUCAGGUCCCAUCAUCCAUACAAAAAGAUCUGCCCCUGCCUGACCAGAUCCCAUCAACUAUGCAAGACCAGAUCCCAUCAGCUGGGCCAGGGGAUCAUUUUUCUCCUCUCAACCAGAUCACAUCUGAGCUGAACCAGAUCUUAGCUAUUCAAAAAGAUCGGCCUUUGCUCAACCAGAUUCCAACAGCCAUACAGGACCAGAUCCCUUCAGCUGGGCCAGAGGAUCAGUUUUAUCUCUCGGAUCAGAUCCUGUCAGCUGGUCCUGGGCUGGAUCAGGUUCCAUCAACUAUGCAGAACCAGGUCCCACCCACUGGGCCAGAGAAUCACUUUUCUCUGCCUGACCAGAUCCUGCCAGCUGGGCUGGACAUGAUCCCAUCAGCCAUGCAAAAAGAUCAGCCUCUGCUUGACCAGAUCCCAACAACUGUACAGGACCAGGUUCCAUCAGCUGGGCCAGACCAAAUCCCAGCCACUAUGCAGGACCCGCUCCCAUCAGCUGUGCAAAAAAAUCAGCCUCUGCCUGACCAGAUCCCAAUGCCUAUACAGACCCAGAUCCCAUCACCUGGUCCUGACCAGACCCCACCAACUAUGCAGGACCAGAUCCUAUCAGCUGGGUCAGGGGAUCAGCCUUCUAUGCCUGACCAGAUGCCACCAGCUGCACCCAAUCAGAUCCCACCAGUUCUGCAAGAAGUGAAGUCCUCUGUCCUAGACCAGAUCCUGCCAGCAGUGGAGGAAGCAAAGUCCCCAGCACAGGACCAUAUCCCAUCUACUCUGCAGGAAGCCACACCUGCUCUAUGGGACCAGAUCCCUCCAGCUGCAUUCAAGCAGAUCACCCCAGCUGCUCCUGAAGUUCAGCCCUCUCCGCCCAACAAGAUCCCAUCCACUCCACAUGCAAAUCAACCUUUCCUAGACCAGAUCCCACCAGCUGGGCUCAGAUCUCAGCUUUCUCCAUCUGACCAGAUCCCAGCCACUCUGCAGGGGAAUCCACUGCCUCCAAACCAGAUCCUGCCAGCUGGGCCUGACAAGAUCCCAGCAGCCGUGGAGGAAAUGAAAGUCUCUGCCCGGGACCAGAUUCCAUCGGCUUUGCCUUGCCAGAUGCCACUGGGUGCUGGCUCUGCUCCACCUCCCCAGGUUCGGCCCACCCUUCUAGGCCAAGCCAUGGAGGAGGUGCCAGGGAACCCAAGUGUCCUGGCCUCCGAACAGCAACCGCUGCUGACAGAGGCUCUGGUUCCCUGUGGCCCCCCGGAGACACCACCGGCCACUGCCCCCUCCCCACAGCCCUGUGGUCCCCCCAGUGCCAGCUCCCACAAGCAGAAGUCCUGCCAGUGCUGUGUCAUCAUGUGAGCCCAGGUGUGGAAAUCAAGGACACGGCCGCCAGCUGCAGCAUCAGGGCAUGUGCCCUAGUGUAGACGAGGUCUCUGGAACAUCAGCCUGCCCUCUCCUGAGUCCUGGCGAGAGGGAAAGGGAAGGGGGGGGGGGGGGGGGGGGGGAUGAGGGGCCCGCCCACACAUGCACACGUGUGCUGUGCCAUGGAUUGGGCCUGCUGCUCAUGCAGACCACUGGGGGCACAGGCCCCUGCCACUAGCACAUGUAUGUGCAGAGAGGGCAUGCGUGCACAUGCAGAGAGACUGUGUGUCUGGCACGCAAGCACGUGUGCAUGCAAAGAAGUCAUGUGCGCACUCAUAGGCCUGCAUGUGCUUCCAUAAGCACGCCUGACAUGCAAGUGCACGUGUGCAUGCAGCAGUCACACGUGCUUCUGUGAACAUGCCUGACAGGUACACGUGUGCAUGCAGAUGUCACAUGUGUGCAUGCAGAAGCCCAUGUGCACUUCCAUGAACUCACCUGACACGCAAUCCCAUGGGUGCAUGCAGAGGUCAUGUGUGCUUCUGUGAACAUGGCUGACAGUUACACACGUGUGCAUGCAGAGGUUGUGUGCGUGCGUGGGUGCAAGCACACAUGCUUCUACAUCCACCCAGAACAGCAGCUCCGUGUGUCAGAAGCUUCCCCUGUCCCAGCACACACUCCAUUGCACACAUUGCAAUGCUCACACGUGUACACACAGGCCUCUCAGCUGGGCAAGGGGCCCCUGGCGCCGGGCCCCACACCCCCUCCUCCCGAUGCAAGGCGGGCCCCAUGAUCCUUGUGGACUCUUUUUUAACCUCUGCCCCACUCUGGCCAGGCCAGCAGGGGGUGGCAGCGAGCACAGCCAUUAAAGCCCUUGCAACCAGAGGACUGGGCUCUGAUUCUGUUGGUCGUGAGGGAGCUGCCGGACACCUGGGUUCUGUCCUGAAAAGAGUUCAGAUCCUGUCUGCUGGGCCAGAAGAUUGGCUUUCUCUUCCUGAACAGAUCCUGCCAGGUGGGCUGGGGGGGUGAGAGCAGAGGGAGCUGGAAGCCUGGAUGCCUGGGGGUUUUAGCCCUGCCCUAGGAGGGGCACAGGGCAAGGGCAUCGGGUAGAGCAGCUAGGACACCUGGGUUCUGUCCCCCACUCUGGAGGGCAGUGUAGGAUAGGGGGGUAGGUAUGGGCCUCAGCCUUGUCUCCCUCUACACGAGACACCCCCCACUCCCAGAACAAACUG